UUUAUUAUUAGCUACACCGAUUACCGGUGGUGGGAAGUAAACAAAGUACUUGUCUUGAGUGUUUCCAUUUUGUACUACUUCAUUCUUAUUUCACUACAAUUCAGAGAAAAAUACUGUGUAUAUUUUUGACUUCUACAUCUGACAGCCAUAGUUACUCCUGUACUUUGCAUAUUAAUAUUUUCUAUUCAAAACACACGAUGAACACACACAAUAUAAUGCAAUGUUAUUAAUGCACCAAUACUACUAAUAAUAAUCCAAUAAUAUAGUGUAUUUUCAUAAUAGUAUAACUGUGGAAUGGGUGAUUCCUCAUGAUGAGUAGGCUUCUAUUACUUCUUUUUUUGUGUAUAGCUAAUAAUAUGUCAGUGUUUUUACUUGAAAUGUGAAUGCAGGACUUACACAGUGAAUUGUUUCACAGUUACUACUUUUGUAUUUCUUCUAUCUAUUUGUAUUUCUUCUAUUUUUCCACUACAGUUAUUGCCAACCAUUUAAGUGUUUAGAUUUUUUUAUUGCAAGUUCCAUUAGUUGACUUGUAGAAAACCCUUGCUUGAGACAAAAUUAGAUAAUCUAUCCCAGUGUGAAAACUGCUACACUUAUAUCUAAUGGGCAUUUUUUAUUGUUAUAAAUUAUUAAGACCUGAGUGGGAAAAAUACCAAAGAAGUGAGAAGAAGUGAAAUAUGGUAGACAGGCCCAAUCUGUGUAGAAAUGCUGAGGUUUUGGUUUAUUAGGCAGUGUGCAAAUAACCCAAGUAGUCCUGAGAAAGUGAUGCUGCGGGAACAAACUUGUCAAAGCAAAAGUAAAAAAGCAUUGAAGUGCAUAUCUUGAAGAUGGUUGUGUUGAACCAACUACUUACAACGAAAGCAGUGCCUCAAGUACAGACUGGCACUGUAAUGUAUUGCUAAUAUACUGCAAGUGGAAGACACAGCUUACAAAUAACCAUAUUACAAAUGAAAUAAUUGAUUUGACAAUUAGGCCAUUUAACAGAAAUCAUGUCCCUUAAACAAGAUAAAAAUACAAAUGAGUGACAAAUUAAAGGAAAAACCAACAUAAAGUGUCUGACUGUAGUAAGAUGUAAGGCCAUUACGAACAGCUUCACAGCUCCUUGCUAUAGAUUCUCAAAGUGUCUGUCAAUCUAAUGUCUGGAGGGAUAAACACAAUUCUCCCAAAAGAUAUUUCCCAAUAUAGUGUUUUAAUAAUGUUGGUGAAGAUCACUGUCUAAAAUCUCACAUAAGUAUUCUUUUCGGUUAAGAUCUCGUGCCUGUGAAGGCCAUAGUGUGUAAUUCACAUUAUUCUCAGGUGCCCUUCCUGACCUGUAUUGAAGCAUCUGCAUUCAUUAUGUGUCUGCACCCGUGUUCUUCCUUUAAUUUGUCAUUCAGCUGUAUUGCAUCUUGCACAACGCUAUCUUUUGUAAUUAUUUGCACCAACAAACCAGUUAUAUUAAUCCACAGAAGUUAUUAUGUGAUGAUUGUCAAAAUGUAGAAUGUGGUGUUUGUCAAAGUUUCUGAAUCUAGAAAUAUAACGGCGAUAUUAUUCUUGGAAUGUGUUGCAAGGUUACAGGUUUGAGGAGAAUUAUCAACAGUCCCGUGUAUAAAAUCGUUUUAAAUUUUAUAUACAGUAUAUUAGUAUACAAUGCAGACGAGUAUAUAUUUCAUGUAGUAAUAUAUAAGUCCCACAAGAUGAUGCUGUUCUCGCGUUGCCAGUGUGAGUGAAUAUCCUGGUAUCUAUCUAUCUAUCUAUCUAUCUAUCUAUCUAUCUAUCUAUCUAUCUAUCUAUGGGAACACAAGCAAAUGUCAUCAAAAAUCCUCCCCAAACAAACAAUGAAAUGUGUGUUUGGUAUUUGGUACAAUGGUAUUUUCAAGUUUCUGUCUCCAUUGUUUUAACUUUCUUUGUUUCAGGCAGCACAUUUGUAGAACCACCUGUUCCCUGAUGAUUCAACACCCAACCAGGAAUACUGGUUUUACCAUGAGAGUAGAGCACAUAGCUAACAUUCUGUCACACGCAGCGUCAGUCACACAGUUUCACUGAAGCUGUUAACAUCAGGAACUCAGUCUCUCUGCGGAUACUUCAUCCUGCUCACUUCAGUUUUUGUCGAGUCUUCUCUUCAGCUGAGGAUCUCAACACAUUUUAUUAUAAGAGGUUAACUUUUUGCUGCUGAGCUAAAUCACCUUUGGAUUUUAAUUUUGUUCUCAUAUCUACUGGACAUCUAUUUUACAUCAAGGUGAACAUGUCCCACCCCAGCACUCUGGAUUUAGACAGGUACACCAACUUGGAGAAAUCUCGUCGCUCCACCAGUCGUAGCCAGUCCAGGACCCAGGCCAAGAACGGAGAUGUCCUGUGUGACUUCUGCACAUCAAGGAGGCAGAAGGCUGAGAAGUCAUGCUUGGUGUGCCUGUCAUCUUACUGCGAGACACACCUCCAGUCUCACUAUGACUACCCAGCCCUGAUGAAGCACAAACUGGUCAAAGCCACUGGUCAGAUGAGAGAGAAGAUCUGUGCACAGCAUGACAAGCUGCUGGAGGCUUUUUGUCGCACUGAUCAGACAUCAGUGUGUGUUCUGUGCAUGAUGGACGAACAUAAACACCAUGACAUCGUUCCAGCUGGGACCGAGAGGACUGAGAAACAAAAACAGCUUGGUACCACACUGCACAAAUCUCAGUACAGGAUUGACCAGAGAGUUAAAAAGUGGCAGGAUCUCCGACAAGCUGUGGAAUCAGUUAAACACUCAGCUCAAACGGUCCUGGAGGAGAACGAGAGGAUCUUCACUGAGCUUCUGCUUUCCUUACAGAGGAAGUACAAUGAAGUCAAGGAGAUGAUAUCCACACACGAGAAGACCACAGUGACACGGAGCGAGAUACUGCUUGACCGCUUGGAGGAAGAGAUCACUCUGCUGAGGAGGAGACACGCCAACCUGGAGAAGCUCUCACACACUGAUGAUCACAUACAUUUCCUCCAGAGCUGGCAGUCUCUAUCAGGCCCCUCAGGAUAUGAAGACCUCAACAACGUCAGUGUCGCUCCCUAUUACUCCUUUGAUGCUACCAAGAGAGCCAUUGCUGCACUGAAAUUACAAGUGGAGGAAGUCAGCAAGACAGAAAUCAGCAAAAUCUCAGCAGCAGUAAAGGAAGUCUACAUCACACAAGAGGUUGAGAAACAGACAAGGAGAGAAUCAAUUUUGAGAGAAGAGCCAAGGACAACAGAAGAGCCAAAGACAAGAGAAGAUUUCAUGAAAUACGCCUCCCAGCUGAUUCUGGACGUCAACAGCGUCCACCCCAACCUCCACCUUUCUGAGGGUAAUCGAACAGUUACGAUGAAGAAUGAUCCAAAGAGUUACCCUGAUCACCCAGAAAGAUUUGACCACUGGCAGCAGGUGUUGUGCAGGGAGAGCGUGACUGAGACUCGUUGUUACUGGGAGGUGAACUGGAGGGGAACAGAGAUAGACGUGGCCGUUACCUACAGGGGCAUCCGUCGCAAAGGAAACGGCAAUGAGUGCAGCCUGGGUUGGAAUGACAAGUCCUGGAGCCUCUACUGCUCGGAGUCCAAAUUUUCUUUUGUGCACAACAACAAAAGCAAAGACAUACCAGCUCCAAGGUCAUCUCGCAUCGGCGUGUACCUGGAUCAUGCAGCAGGGACACUUGCAUUUUACAGCGUUUCUGAUGGCAUGCAUCUUCUGCACAGAGUCCACACCACGUUUACAGAGCCUCUCUACCCUGCAUUCAGUGUGUGGGGGUAUGGCACUAGUAUAAGACUGUAGGAGAGUUGACAUAGGCCUAGUAAAUAGGAUCCCAUUUAAUCAAUAUUCUCAACAUUGCUGUGGAAUUUGAUUAUUACUUGUUGUCUUAAAUGUUUUUUUUCCAUAUAUAUGACUAUUUUACAAGUGGUUUUAGAAAUCCCAUUGAUCUGUUCUUUGCUGACUGUUGUUUUGGGGCAAUCUAGUCUGAAUAUGAUGGAAAAAAGUCAGUCAGUUAAGGAAAAAUGCAAUAAUUAAUUAUUAUGUUGAUGUCUUUUUACUCUAUUAUGGUAAACAUGUUAUGCUCAAUUAUAUUUACAUUAGUGAUAAUUUAUUGUAAACACUGUGUGUCAAAUUAAAUCAGAGUUUGUGAAGCCCUCAAGAUGUUACUGAUUUAUAGCACUUAAAAUAUGGAUUUGAUCGAUACAGCUGUCUCUGAUCCCAUUAUACACACAUUAUGUGGACAGUGGCUCAACAGUACUAGGGCUGGAACCAUUUUUCAUACUCGGCUCCAUUAAUGGGCCAAAUGUUGAAAGGCAGGAAAGAAAAACCCAGACCUUUCCAAACAAACAUCAAAUACUGGACCCUUCUCAAAGGUUUUGAGUUUGUUUGCUUGAAGUGAAAAAUGUAAACGACCUGUUAAAAGUUUGAAUAGUAGAUUGAGUGAUUUGAAAGAAAUUAUACUGGUAUUUUGUGUUAAAACAGUGUCUUUGUUUUUGUUUACGAUUACAUUUAAGUUACAAUGAAGGUAUAACUUAUUCAUUACCAGACAUUAGGCAUAUACAAAGGUUAUUUCCAGUGCUCACAGGGGGAUACACGUAUAGAGAGACAUUAAUAAGUGACACCUCCAGGUGGCAACAGAAACACGUUUUAUUGAACGAACUGAUGUUUUCUUAACAUCACACACAUUCAGCUCUCCAGUGUGCACAGACGUGGUUUCAAAUUUCACUACAGAGGUACUUGUUUACUGGCGGAGUCAUCUGACUUCAGUGUGAGAGGAGAGAGUGAUCCAUCAUGAUCGACUGGGAGAAGAAGGCCACCAAAAAAAUAGAAGCGCUUGGUUAUUUGUAUGAAGCACACCGGAAGUAUUUUCAGAUCAGGCAAAAAUGAUUAAAACAGUAUACAAACAUAUAUGCUCUCCUCACAUCACCCCAAGUUUAGCAUCUUUGCACUGGUUACCAAUUUAAUUUAGAAUCAAUUUUAAAAUCUUAGUCAUGACUUACAAGACUUUACGUGGCCAGUAAAUAGUA